UGAUCCCGAUUUUAUAAAAGCAGGAUAAAUCAUAUUGACAAAUAAUUUAAAAUGCACUUAUUGCGAUGGACAUUCAAGCUUUUCGUUAUCACUGGAUACUUUUUAUCACCGAAAGUCAAGUGUCCGACAAAACGAUUUCUCUACAAUGUAUACACCGUCGUCGUGACAUUAUUUUUAUUAAGUUUCUUGACCACGCUAAUUAUGCAAACAGUUUUGAACGUGAAAAGUGCGGAUGAACUCAGUAAAAAUUUCGGUAUUACCAUCACGGUAUUCACCACCAUUUGUAAGUUCAUCAACUUGCUAUUCCAACGAGGAAUUAUCAUAAGCUUAUUGGAUUUGUUGCAAAAGGAGCCCUUCUUGCCGAUGAACAUAGAAGAAAUAAAAAUUCACACGAAAUACAACAAGCUGAUCGAGAAAGUCAGUAUUUUUUACACGUUGCAAAACAUGUCCUGCCUGGUUGCUUUGAUUGGCGCAACAUUAAUCACCGAUUUCAAGAAGAAAAAUUUAACUUUCGAGGCUUGGAUACCUUUCAAUUAUACCGCCUCGUGGCUUUUGUUCUCUUUAACUUUUAUUCAUCAGUGUGUAUGCGCGGUGGUCAGUUCGUUUGGUAUCAUUAUUUUCGACACCCUAUUCGCCGGCCUCCUACUUCAAAUAUGUUGUCAAUUGGACACGCUUGUAUAUCGAUUGCAAAAUAUUAAAGAAGACGCGAUUCAAUCGUUGAAAUAUUGCGCGCGUCAACACGAAUUAAUAUACAGAUUCACCGAAUUGGUGAACAAAUUGUUCAGUUCAAUAUUGUGCUUGCAAUUUUUGAUUAGCGCGGUCGCGAUAUGCUUUAGCGUUUAUCGGGUAAUAUAUACGAAAGCGGACUCACAAUUUGCAGGAGCGAUAAUAUUUGUUUUUUCCGCAUUAAUUCAAAUCUUUUACUUUUGCUGGCACGGGGACAUAGCAAAAUAUAAGAGUCUUGAGAUUCCCGAUAUGAUAUUUAAUAGCAAUUGGCCGAAUCUGAGCAACGACGCUAAGAAAAUUCUGUUGGUAAUGAUGGCACGUUCAUUGACGCCUGUCGAGGUAAUCAGCGCUCACGUUAUACCCCUCAACCUGGAAUCUUUCAAGGGUUUGAUAAAAGCUACUUACUCGGCGUAUAAUAUGCUGCAACAGACUAACAAAAACUUGAAGACAAUGAGCGAAAAAUUUUCCCUCUGCAUCUCGAUCUUAGGUGUUUCUCUCAAAGUGGCCAACUUGUUCCUUCAACGAGGAAAAAUUAUAAAUAUAAUGAACAGUCUGACGAAGGAGAAUUCCGUUCCAAGGGACGAACAGGAGAAAAUCAUCCAACGGAGAAACGACAAUUACGCCAGAAAACUGACGAUAUACUGCGAGAUUCUGAACGAAUCGGCAGUGUUCUUCGCGACCGUGGGCCAAUACAAGACGUUCAUAAAUACCAGGACAUUACCCGUAUCCGAUUGGAUACCAUACGACUUAUCCUCGUCAGAAUUGUACACGAUAUCCCUGUUGUAUCAAACUGUUGGACUGUUGAUCUGUGCGAACGCGAGCGUGGGCAACGAAACGCUGAUCGCCGGAUUGAUGAUACAAGCUGGCGUGCAGUUUGAGAUAUUUUGUCAUCGAGCACAAAAUCUGCCCUCCCUGUUGCUGGCAACAAGAAACAGCAACGUGUCGAAAAAGGAUCUGAGGAUAAGAUACAAUAAAAUUAUUGGGGAUUUGGUUCAACAUCACCUUGAAGUAUACGAAUUUGUCCAAACGGUGAACACCGUGUUCCAGUAUAUGAUUUUUCUACAGUUCUCCAUAAGCUCGGUGGUUUUGUGCCUAAGUAUCUACAAAUUUUCGACGGUAGAUCCGUUGAGCAUGAACUUCGUCUGGAGCGGCUUCUAUUUGUGCUGUAUGCUUAUGCAGGUGUAUUUAUACUGCUGGUUUGGGAACGAGGUGACGUUGAAGAGCAACAAAGUAAGUGAUGCUAUUUACGAAAUGGAUUGGACGAUACUUCCUUCUAACGUAAUCAAGGAUUUAUUGCUCGUUAUAGUAAGAUGUAAGAAACCGGUGAAAGUAACCAGCGGUCAGAUCUUUACCUUAUCCACGGAAUCUUUUAUGAAAAUCAUGAAAAUGUCGUACUCCUCGUUCAAUCUUCUGAAAAAUUCAACGUUAAAGUGAGAAAAUUCACUGUUACUGCUUCAAUUUUUACUAUAAUAAUUGUUCUCAUUCCAAUUGUACUUUUUUACAAUUAUCGUAAGGAGUAUUUGUGUAUCCUUUUCAUCGUUAUGCAUUAUCACACACUUUCAUCGAUGUAUCUACUCAUCACAAGCACGAUUGAGAAAUAAAAAAAAGAAAAAUAAAAAACAAAAAGAAUUCAUCAUCAACAGUUGUAUCGAUAACGAACUAGAAAAAUCGGUAUCAUCGAGUAUCCACAGAGUAAUGAUUCAUGGUAUUUCAAUUUUAAUCCAAGACAGAGCGGAGCUUUUUAAUAGAAUUAGUCGAGAAUUGAAUUCAUAGAACAAUUCUUUACGUUUAAUAAAUUUCCCUCAAUUUUUCUCAAUGCUCUGCCUGCGCCUGGCUCACUUAUCAAAGCCAGAUAUUUUUAAGCAUCGAAUUUUUAGCGACAUUUUUAUCCGACCAGAACGAUGUUACGCAAGUUUAUUUAUCGUUCUGAUCGAUUACUCGAUCGUUGGGACGAGCAGCGCGAAAGGAGGACCGUAACUGGAGGAAAGUCGUGAUGAACUGAUUUGAGAAGCAUUCGCGAGGAACAUCGAUUUCUUCGUUAAUAUUACAUUUAUCGCCUUUUUUCAAGGUUGGUUACGCGAGCUACCGUUCCAAAAGUUUAUUGUUUCUGCCCGUCCGAUUGUAACUAGUCAGAAAACUGCUGUUCAGUGUAUAUAUAAUCGAAAUACUCGAAAAUAGUAACGAUC